AUGGUGUACAACACAGAGGCCACGGAGUGGCCCUCGUUUGAAAUCAAUCCCGCGAUCAAAGACCUGAUUUCGCGGUUUUUCAAGCUGCUCGACACACAGGACAGCAGCGUAGGCAACGUUCUGGCAGAUGAGAUCUUCGCACCCAACGGCCAGAUUCGAGGGUCGAGAGACAGUGCCUGGAAAGUUGUGACGGAGCGGCGCCACGCUGUCCUCAAAGUCUUCUCGGCAGACCUAGAAGGCAGUGAUUUGUCUUUAAUCGGACACGUCGAGAUGUCUUUCAACAACGGGAAGAGCGUCGAGGGCGAGUUUGCCGGACGAUCGGGCGUCGAAGGCGCUACAGGCUCUUCUCCCAGACUGACGCUGUAUCAAGUCUGGGCUGACUCUACCCCUGUCACCCGUGAUCUCAUUCGCGAAUGA